UCGGGGGAGAUCGCGGGAGCCAGGUCUGCUCUCCAGGGCGCGGCGCUUCCGCCAGGACCUUGGGGCCGCUGCCGGCAUGCACCUCCACCUGCUCCUACUGCUCGCUCUGAGCGGUGUGAGUCCCGCUGUCGCGGAGCGCAGCUUCAGCUUGCUGGGAGGCUGGACGAUCCGCAACAAGAACGGUUCGCUGGAGCUGCCCGGGAGGGUCCCGGGUUGCGUGCACAGCGCGCUGUUCCAGAGCGGCCUCAUCCAGGAUCCAUACUACAGAUUUAAUGACCUUAACUACAGAUGGAUUUCCUUGGAUAACUGGACCUAUAGGAAGAAAUUUAAAAUCCCCUUUGACAUUAGCAAAUGGAAAAAAGUAAAUUUGAUUUUUGAGGGUGUUGAUACAGUUGCAAAAGUCCUGUUCAAUAAUGUUACUAUUGGGAAAACAGACAACAUGUUCAAAAGAUACAGCUUUGAUAUUACCAGCGUGGUCAGGGAUGUGAACUCCGUUGAGCUGAGUUUCCAGUCACCGGUCUUGUAUGCGGCCCAGCAGAGCAAAGCUCACACUGAGUACGAGGUGCCCCCAAACUGCCCUCCACGUGUACAGAAGGGCGAAUGCCAUGUCAACUUUAUUCGAAAGGAGCAGUGUUCCUUUAGUUGGGACUGGGGGCCAUCCUUUCCCACUCAGGGUAUCUGGAAAGAUGUUAGAAUUGAAGCCUAUAACACAUGUCACCUGGACUAUAUCACGUUUUCCCCUGCGUAUGAUAACAGUACUCAGCAGUGGACUCUUGAAAUACAGGCUUCUUUGGAUACUGCCAGCUCAGACCCAGUUCAUGGUCAAGUGAUUGUAGCCAUCCCUAAACUACAAAUAGAGCAAACGUACAGCAUUAAACUUCAACCUUGGGAAAGGAUUGUUGAAUUAUUGGUGAAUAUUAACAAGAAUGUUACAGUGGAAACUUGGUGGCCUCAUGGACAUGGAAACCAGACUGGGUACAACACAACAGUUCUUUUUAAACUGAAUGGAGGCUUAAGUAUUAAAAAAUCAGCUAAGGUGUAUUUUAGGACAGUGGAACUUAUAGAAGAACCCAUAGAAGGAUCUCCUGGUCUGAGUUUCUACUUCAAAAUUAAUGGAUUCCCCAUAUUUCUGAAAGGCUCUAAUUGGAUCCCAGCAGAUUCCUUCCAGGAUCGAGUGACCUCUGAUUUGUUACGGCUCCUUUUGCAGUCUGCUGUGGAUGCUAAUAUGAAUACUCUCCGUGUUUGGGGAGGAGGAAUUUAUGAACGGGAUGAAUUCUAUGAAAUCUGUGAUGAACUGGGAAUAAUGGUAUGGCAGGAUUUUAUGUUUGCCUGUGCGCUAUAUCCGACUGAAGACAACUUCAUGGAUUCAGUGAGAGAAGAAGUAGCUUACCAGAUCAGGAGACUGAAAUCUCAUCCUUCCAUCAUCAUAUGGAGUGGCAAUAAUGAAAAUGAAGCAGCGCUCAUGACAAACUGGUAUGGCAUAGAUCCCAGGGUCCUGCACACUUACAUCGAUGAUUAUGUGGCACUUUAUGUGAAAAACAUCCGAGAGGUUGUACUGACAAAUGACAAGACUCGUCCUUUUAUUGUAUCCAGUCCUACAAAUGGGGCCGAAUCCAUUGCAGAAGGCUGGGUUGCUGCCAACCCAUAUGACACACAUUUUGGUGAUGUACACUUUUAUGACUAUAUCAAUGAUUGUUGGAAUUGGAAACUUUUCCCAAAAGCUCGAUUUGCAUCUGAAUAUGGAUAUCAGUCCUGGCCUUCCUUCAGUACAUUAGAAAAGGUUUCAUCUGAAGAGGACUGGUCUUACGAAAGCAAAUUUUCACGUCAUCGGCAACAUCAUGAAGAUGGUAACAAGGCAAUGCUUUUCCAGGCUGCAAUUCAUUUCACGCUCCCCCAAAGCAGAGAUCCAUUACAAAGAUUCAAAGAUACCAUUUACCUAACUCAGGUGAUGCAGGCCCAGUGUGUCAAAACAGAAACUGAAUUUUACCGCCGCAGUCGCAGUGAGGUUGUGGAGGGAGAGGGGCACACCAUGGGGGCACUUUAUUGGCAGCUGAAUGACAUCUGGCAGGCUCCCUCCUGGGCUUCUCUAGAGUAUGGAGGAAAGUGGAAAAUGCUUCAUUACUUUGCUCGGCAUUUCUUCACACCUCUUUUGCCAGUGGGCUUUGAGAACAAAGAUGUGUUCUUCAUUUACGGUGUGUCAGACCUUCGCCAGGACUGUAAGGUGAUGCUCACAGUGAGAGUCCAUGCAUGGAGGUCCCUGGAGCCUUUGUGCUCUCACAGGACUGAGUGUUUUGUGAUGAAAGCUGGGGAGGCUGUUCUCCUCUAUAAGGAGCCGGUACCCAAAUUGUUGAGGAGAUGUGGACCUUGUACACGGCAAAGCUGUGUGGUUUCCUUUUACCUUUCAACUGACAGCAAACCUGUGAGCUCAGCCAACCAUCACUUCCUGUCCUCCCUGCGGAGCGCCGAGGGGCUGCGCAAGGCACAUAUCACCGCCGUCAUUUCUCAGCAAGGUGACACAUUUGUUUUUGAUCUGGAAACCUCAGCUGUUGCUCCCUUUGUCUGGUUGGAUGUAGGAAGCAUCCCAGGGAGGUUCAGUGACAAUGGUUUCCUCAUGACUGAGAAGACCCGGACUGUACUGUUUUACCCUUGGAAACCCACCAACACUAGCGAAUUGGAGCAGUCUUUUCACGUGACUUCCCUGACCGAUAUUUCCUGAGGGAAUCCAGGUUGUGUUUUAAGUGGACACGGGAAUAAAACAUUUCGAAGACACUGACUGGAACUGAAGGCCGCCAGAGCCGGGCUGAAGGAGCCAGGAAACAUGCUGCUCGCUGCCCUGCCUCUCUGCCCUGCCGCUCUGUGGAGCAUGCACAGCGUGUGCCCUCAGGGAAGGCUGUGUGCCCGCAGGCGCCCUCCAGCAGGGCUGUGCCUCGGUGCCUUCCAGCCUGUGCUGGGCCUGCCGUGUCAGCUCUGUCCCUCACAGCCCAGGCACCACACAUACCUGCUGGAACCAGGAAGGGAAGCCCAUGCAGAGUGCUCUCCGGGAACCGUAGGAACGGGGCCCCUGUGGUCUCUGUAGAACUCUGCGUGGAAGGUUUGUAGGUCCUGUAGGCCUUUCGCUGUUAACACUGACAGGUACUGAAUGAUCAAAGUGAAACAGCUUUGUUACUAUUUUCAGAGGAAAUGGAGGUUCAAAUGUCACAAUACCAAGAGAUUCCUGGGGGGAGGCCAUAUUGGUGGGGUUGCUGGAAAGCUUUGGGGGAUUGAUUGUUGCCACUUGGUUACUUUUCAGGUAGAUUCCUUUUUCAUCGGUGGGUGUUGUUAUAAAAUACUGCUUUAACUUCUCUGAUCAAAGGCGUUAGAGUGAUUCUGCUCGGAAGGAUAAGCUCUCAUUGACACGGACCUCCCCUUCGUGGUUUGGAGACUGCGUGACCUGCCAUAGGUUGGCGCCCUACUUACGUGUGAGCUUCAUCUGGCUCAGUUCAAGGGGCUUUCCAAUUCACAGGCUGCUUUUUAGAUUCGGACUUGUUGGCCUUGGCAGCAAAGUGGUGUUUCCUCUAGCUUAGGUUUAAAUCAUUUCAUUUAUAAUGAUUGUUUCCACAAAAUCAUUAUUCAUUACCGUGUAAUAAAAUUAUGUUGAUAAUAGAGCAAAUGGAGUUAAAUGUUAGGAAGUAGCCAAUUUGGGUAAAGGUAUAUAGGAAAUUUUUUUGUAUUGCUUUGCACCUUUUCCUUAGGUGUGAAAUUAUAUAGAAAUUUAAUUGUUACAUAAAUUGCAUUGACAACUUGAUAUUUCAUCUGUGGCUUAUUUAAUGAUUCCAUAAACAUUCAGUUGUGUGAGUACUGUGCUGGACAUUAAUUCCCAUUUAGCUCUAACCAAGUUUUUAUUAUACCUGAUAAGCUGGCAUUGUUCAAAGAAUCCAGGCUAAGGUACUUGAGGGGUUUUCUCUGGGAAGAAUCAUGUAACUGGUUACGGAAUGGACUGACGACAAGUUUGGCUUUAAAAUAAAAAUUAAUUAGGUAAUAGUUUUGGUCUGUGAAGCUUUAGGCCAUGGUUGAGUGAUUAAAAAGAAAAGAAAUGUAGACAAUCUUGCCCUCUCCUUGAGUAUCUAAGGGUUUCCCAUUUUAUGUAAAUGUGAAUAAAGCCUGGGGCUUAGAGAUGUAAUUCAGAAGAUUCUUACUUGAUAAAUAUUAUGUCAUUUUCCUGUCAGUGUUGAAAAUCCUAUUUGUCUAAUUAUUGCUGGGGUAUGGGGGCCCUGUGCUCCAUUGAACUGAAGUCUCCGCUCUGCCAGGCACACUGUGAGAUGGGUUUUGAAGUUAAGGGCCAUAAUUUACAUCACAGUUCUGCUCUUAUGGGCUCAAUAACUUUAAUAAAGUUAUUUAACUUCUGUGUCCA